CGCCGGCCGGCGUGUUCCAGGCUCCCCGCGCUCCCGGCUCCGACGCCGGCCCCGGCCCCGCAAACAUGAUGAGCUACGGCAGCGCGGACGGGCUGCUGCAGGGCCCCACGUACCCGCUGCCCUUGCCCCUGGCCUUGGCCUCGGGCCGCAAGAGCGCCGCGCUGAUGCGCUCCGUGGCCGGCGGCUCGGCGUCCAGCGGCUUCCACUCGUGGGCGCGGAGCUCGGGCUCGGGCUUCCGUUCCCGCGGCGCGCUGGCCGCCUCAAGCACCGAGAGCCUGGACUCGCUCAACGGGCCGGGGCUGGGCGGCGAGGGCCGCGGGGCGCGCAACGAGAAGGAGCUGCUGCAGGCGCUCAACGACCGCUUCGCCGGCUACAUCGACAAGGUGCGGCAGCUGGAGCUGCAGAACCGGCAGCUGGAAGGCGAGGCGGCCGCGCUGCGGCAGCAGCAGGCCGGCCGCUCGGCCAUGGGCGCGCUCUACGAGCGCGAGAUCCGCGAGAUGCGCGCGGCCGCGUUGCGCCUGGGCGCGGAGCAGGGUCAGCUGCGCCUGGAGCACGAGCGCCUGCUGGAGGACAUCGCGCACGCGCAGCAGCGCCUCGACGACGAGGCUCGCCAGCGCGAGGAGCUGCAGGCGGCGGCGCGCGCGCUGCACCGCUACGCGGACGAGGCGGGCCUGGCGCGCGCCGAGCUGCAGAAGAAGGUGCAAGCGCUGCAGGACGAGGGCGCCUUCCUCCGCCGCCGCCACGACGAUGAGGUGGCCGAGCUCCUCAGCCAGAUCCAGGCCGCGGGACCCCCCGACGGCCGCGACCUCGUCAAGUCCGAUGUGACGUCGGCGCUGCGCGAGAUCCGCGCGCAGCUCGAGGGCCACACGGUGCAGAACACGCUGCAGUCCGAGGAGUGGUUCCGAGUGAGGUUGGACCGCUUGUCAGAAGCUGCCAAAGUGAACACAGAUGCCAUGCGCUCGGCCCAGGAGGAGAUCACCGAAUACAGACGUCAGCUGCAGUCCAAGACCACCGAGCUAGAGGCCCUCAAGGGGACAAAGGACUCUUUGGAGAGGCAACGAUCAGAUCUGGAAGACCGCCAUCAUGCUGAUGUCAUCUCCUAUCAGGAGACCAUUCAGCAGCUGGACAGUGAGCUGAGGAGCACCAAGUGGGAAAUGGCCGCCCAGCUCCGAGAGUACCAGGAUUUGCUGAAUGUCAAGAUGGCCCUCGACAUUGAAAUCGCAGCCUACAGAAAACUUCUAGAAGGAGAAGAGUGUAGAAUUGGCUUUGGCCCGGGUCCUUUCUCCUUUCCUGAGGUGCCCCCCAAAACCCCGGCCACUUCCACACAUAUAAAAGUCAAAAGUGAAGAGAAGAUCAAAGUGGUUGAGAAGUCAGAGAAGGAGACAGUUAUUGUGGAAGAACAGACUGAGGAGAUCCAGGUGACUGAAGAGGUAACUGAGGAAGAGGAGAAGGAAGAAGAGAAAGAAGAAGCAGAAGAAGAAACUGGAGAGAAGGAAGAAGAAGGUGAAGAAGAAGGAGAAGAAGCAAAAUCUCCAGAGAAGGAAGCCAAGUCUCCUCCCACGGAAGAGGUCACAUCACCUGAGAAGGCUAAAUCUCCAGCAAAGGAAGAGGUCAAGUCUCCAGAAAAGGCCAAAUCUCCAGUGAAGGAAGAGGUCAAGUCCCCCCCUGAGGUCAAGUCUCCAGAAAAGGCCAAAUCCCCAGCAAAGGAAGAGGUCAAAUCUCCAGAGAAGGCCAAAUCCCCAGCAAAAGAAGAGGUCAAGUCUCCCCCUGAGGUCAAAUCUCCGGAAAAAGCCAAAUCUCCAGCAAAGGAUGAGGUCAAGUCUCCAGAAAAGGCCAAAUCUCCAGCGAAGGAAGAGGUCAAGUCUCCCCCUGAGGUCAAGUCUCCAGAAAAGGCCAAAUCCCCAGCGAAGGAAGAGGUCAAGUCCCCCCCUGAGGUCAAGUCUCCAGAAAAGGCCAAAUCCCCAGCAAAGGAAGAGGUCAAGUCCCCCCCUGAGGUCAAGUCUCCAGAAAAGGCCAAAUCCCCAGCAAAGGAAGAGGUCAAGUCCCCCCCUGAGGUCAAGUCUCCAGAAAAGGCCAAAUCCCCAGCAAAGGAAGAGGUCAAGUCCCCCCCUGAGGUCAAGUCUCCAGAAAAGGCCAAAUCCCCAGCAAAGGAAGAGGUCAAAUCUCCAGAGAAGGCCAAAUCCCCAGCGAAGGAAGAGGUCAAGUCCCCCCCUGAGGUCAAGUCUCCAGAGAAGGCCAAAUCCCCAGUGAAGGAGGAAGUGAGGUCCCCAGCGGACAUCAAAUCCCCAGUCAAGGCCAAAUCUCCAGAAAAGGAAGAUGCAAAAUCCCCCGAGAAAGAGGAAGACAAAGAGAGCGCCCCAAAGAAAGAAGUACCAAAGCCUCCUAGCGCACCUGUCAAAGAAGAAGGAAAGGAAGUUAAAGUGAAAGAAGCCCCCAAGAAGACAGAGGAGGAGAAAGCCCCGGCCAAAGCAGAAGAACCCAAAGAUGGCAAGAAAGAGGCCCCCAGAAAGGAGCCCGAGGAGAAACCCAAAGAGGCCCAAGGUGGGACCAAGCCAGAAGGAGCCGGGAACCAUCAGGCGGCCCCCGCCCCAGAGCCCGCAAAGGGAGAAACCAAGGCCAAGGAGGCAGCAAAGCCCCAGGAGAAGAAGGGGCCGGCCCCCAAAGCUCCCAGCCCUCCGGCCACCAAGGAAACUGAGAAACCCAAACAGGAGGAAAAAAAAGCAGAGGAAAAACCCCAACCCGACCCCAAAGCCAAAGAGGAGGAAAAGGCGCCUCCCAAAGAAGCUGCCAAAACAGAAGCCCCCAAGGCCAGCAAACCCAAGACGGAGAAGGUGGAGAAAUCCUCCAGCACCGACCAGAAGGAGAGCAAAGUCUCCGAGCCCGGGGCCGAUGACAAAGCCAAGAAGGGCGAUAAGUAGCCACAAGAGUCAGGGCCAGAAAUGUCCAGCGGGAGCAGCCAAAGAAACUCGAACAGGUCAAUCAACUC